AACAAGCAUCCAUUAGCUCAAUGAGGUCCCAAAUGCUUGUAUUCUUCUUCAUUCUCUUAUGUGCUCAAUGCAUUCUAUCUACAUUGGCUCUUGAAUCUAUAGAAGAUAAAGGGAAGGUUGGUUUGAAUGGAGACAGCUACAGUGGAAAAGACGGUUUGAAACGAGAUGAUUUGGUUUUGUCGAAGGCAAGUAAGGGGAAAGGUUCAUAUGGUGGCCAGAACGAUCGUCCUCCCACUACCAAGARCAGCAAAGCAAUCUCGAUGCUUGCAAAACCACCUGCUUUCAUGUCAAAUAUCAGUAUUUGUGCCAUCGUCCUCUCUGUGGUCUUUUAUUUUUGAUUUACAGUUUAUGGGUAUGUUUGAAGAUUGAAGACCGGUUUUUGUUUCUUUUUUGUGUUUGUUCGGCUUGUUUGGUUUAGUAAAAGUUAAAACUAAGAGUUGAUUUAGUAUACGAGCUUAGAAAAUGUUGUAUGUUUUUUAUUAGUUUGAUUUAAAAAAAUACUGAUGUAUAGGAGAUAAAACGUAUUGUAUUUUUAAGUAUAUUAUGGUUUUGAUUGAUAUAUUAUGUGAUACUUUAUACU